CGCUAUCAUCAUGGGGGUCAACUGGAUUCUGCUCAUUUCGCGGCAGGGCAAGGUCAGGCUGGCCAAGUGGUUCACCACCAUGUCGCCCAAGGCCAAGUCCAAGAUCACGAAGGACGUCACCCAGCUCGUGCUGGCCAGGAGGUCGCGAAUGUGCAACUUCCUCGAGUACAAAGACACCAAGGUCGUCUACCGGCGGUAUGCCUCGCUCUUCUUUGUUACGGGCAUUGGCCAGGAAGACAACGAGCUGGUCACGCUCGAGAUCAUCCACCGCUACGUCGAAAUUCUCGACCGAUAUUUUGGCAAUGUCUGCGAGCUGGAUCUCAUCUUCAACUUCCAGAAGGCCUAUGCGAUCCUUGACGAGCUCAUCAUAGCCGGCGAGAUGCAAGAGUCGUCCAAGAAGUCGGUGCUCCGCGUCGUGUCGCAGUCCGACGCCAUCGAAGAGGCCGAACAGAGCGAGGACAGCCUUGCAAGAAUCGGUAGUCGGAGUGGAUAGAGGGGACCGCCGGAUGAGAUGGCAUGUGUAUUUGUAUGGAUCAAGAAUUCGAUGAUCUUAUAGCUUGGGAGAGAAGAGGCCCAGCAAAGUGGCGAGCGGCCCCAGCCUGUGUGUCCCAGCCCUUGUGUGUUGCUGCUCCUCUCCCUCUGACCCAUAGUGAGCAGUGAGCAGCAGUCUGACCUGAUGCUUGGUUGUGCUCAUUUGCCUUCUGG